AUGUACAGUCAGAUCAAUGGAUGGAAAGAGGCAGGGAGCGACGACAACCCGGGUGGCAGUAUAUCGCCUCCAAACUUAACCUCAAAGGAGCCGAUCAGCGCCGACAAUCGAUAUCACGAUACGACCAGCCCGAGUAGACGUGAGUCAAAGAAUGAGAGGCCAUACAAAAGUAGCGAUGGAUGGGACCUCGUCGACCACGACUCACCCACAGGUGGUACCAACACCUUUCUACCCUCUCAAGACUUUCCAGGCACCUGGGACGCCGCCUACAACUCCACUUCUCACGCGCUGCGCGAGGUAACAGCUGCCUCUUCUUCCUACAUCACUUCACUUUCCAAAUCCGGGAUCUCGCAAGCAGGCUGGUCCAUAGGAGCUGCUCUUACCUCCACAGCGAAUAAGUCUGCUCUCUCGGUCGUAAGUUGGGCCGCGGAAAAAAGUGGCGUCGAUACGACUGUGCUGCCUGGAGGGGUGAAGGACUGGCUGAAGGGCAAGGAUAGAUUGGACAAGGCACGUCAACGAGUAAGAAAUGUCGAUGGAAAAAGACUGGCUAGAAGGCUGAGCAGAGUCUCUGGUGAGACUGGGGAAUUGCCAAACGAGGGUGUCCUGUGGGACAGACCCAUCACAUUUGGGGACGCAAGAGGGGCUUUUGUGUUGGAUGUUCAUGAUGAUGAGGAGAGCUUCCUCCACGCACGAUCAGAGGGCGAUGUGCAGAGUUUAGAGCCGGCAAGUGGGCUGAGACUUCCAAUAGCGGGCUCGGCUGGUAUGGAGUUGGAAGACCUUUGGAUUGGUAGCGAGGAGGGAUUGGAUGAACAUCCGGUCACGAAAACUCUCUCAAUGUCGCCAAAAGAUGUUCAGAUUGUCGGGAAUACGAGCGAUGACUUGGAAGGAAAAGCAGUCGUGAGCUCAUUCUCUUCGCCGAACAAUGAUGCACUGAAGUUAGUUGAACGAUGGACGCCCUGCUUAACAGGCUUCGACGCGAACAUGGUUACCUCCCCGCCCGAGGUACCUAUCCCGCGCGCUACUGUGAAAGAGGACGAAGAAGAAGGAAACGUUAGCCCACAUGCGUUAGUGGAAGAUGAUGAGACGCUGGACGUCUUCGGAGUGGUUGAAUAG